GAUUAUUAAAAGUAAUACAAAAAUAAAAUAUGACCAUGCUAAAAGAGGCAUCUUCUUUUGCAAGUGAUGUCACAUUUUCAAAGCCUUUUCAACAACAAAAAUCACAUUUAGGCAAACAACAAUCGACUUCUUUUUCCGAUACAACUGAAUCGAUUUCGUCUCCAAACAAUGUCCAGCCAAAAGAAGAACAGCCAGAUAAGCUCAAAAGGGCCAAAGUAAUGUUCAAAAAUGCCUUUUUAAAAUACUGGUUUUUAUUGGGGUUGGUUAUCGCUAUCAUCUUGGCCUGGAGAUUCCCUGAUGUUGGCCGAAAAAAUGGUUACAUCCGUGCCGAAUGGAGUAUAAAGUGGGGCGCCGUUGUUAUUAUUUUCUUAAUCUCUGGUUUGUCUCUUCGUACAAGGAUAUUGGCCCAGACCCUUCUCCGUGUUCGACUUCAUUUUUUGAUUCAAGUCAUUAAUUUGAUUAUGAUACCUUUUUUUGUAUUCGGUCUCAUCUUAUUAUUCUUUAAACUCCAUAUGCCUGUAAACUCUCUGUUGUUGAUCGGUGUUGUCAUCGCCGCUAGUACUCCUACCACUGUUUCAUCUAAUGUAGUGAUGACAAAAAAUGCAGAUGGAAAUGAAGCUUCAGCACUCAUGAACGCUGCGUUGGGAAAUGUUUUAGGUAUUUUCGUGUCACCCGCCCUGGUCUCUGUAUUUCAAGGGCCGCUAAUCGCUGCUUCCCCAGAAGAUGAAAGUGCCAACACAGCAGGAGGUUCAGUCGACUUUAUAAUGGUUCUUAAGCAAUUAGGAUUAACAGUACUGUUACCUCUUGUGGUUGGACAGUUAAUUCAGAUUGCUUUUACUGAGCCUGUUGCAAAGUUUAAGGUGAAAUGCAGAUUAUCUGAUGUUAGUAGUUUUUGUUUAUUGUUGAUGGUUUGGUCAGUGUUUUCAGACGCAGUUCAUGCGGGGUCAUUCUCCGCUGUUGCUGGAAAAGACAUUGCUGCCAUUGUUAUAUUGAAUUUCUGCUUCUAUGUCUUGUUCUCUUUCGUAUCCUUUUUCUUCGCCAGAUUACCGUAUCCAAAAUCGAUAUGUGGUCGAUUGAAGUGGUUAGACAGAUUACAAUACAGCCGCGAAGACACUGUAGCUGUUAUGUUCUGUGGUGCCACAAAGACUGUAGCAAUGGGAGUACCAUUGAUCAAUGUGCUCUACCAAAAAGGAGAUCCAGGAACUAUUGGUGUAUUAUCGACGCCACUUUUGUUAUACCAUGUUGAACAAUUGAUUCUGGGAAACAUUGAGGUAGAAAUUUUAAAAAAAUGGGUUGCAAGAGGCAAGAAAAGAGACGCAAUGAAGCAGACUUCAGAAGAAGUGUUAGACGACGAUAGUAGUGAUCAACAUCCCACAAUAGCCUCCGCUCAUAUAGACCAAGAUGAAGAGAACUCUUACCGUAAUGGUGGCAGACAUAUAGAUGAAGCCCAUUACAACCCACAUAAGGGACUCUAGUGUUAUCAUCAUAUAGCUUAUACCAAUAAUACCACUACAUAUAAUAAUAUUUGUCGAUAUAUCAAUGCUAGAAUUGACACUAGGAUUAUAGUGCAAUAGUAAUGCUGUAUUUAUCACAGUUCAUAAUGAUAAGCCUCAUAUUUUACAUUAAUAUAAUAAUAGAACAACAUCAUAUAUAAUAUUUUAAUAAUAUAAUGCAUUUUCUCUACUGCCUACUGAUAUCACUUUUAGUUUGUGAAUAAAUGUUCUAUGCCGAC